AUGGCUGCUCCCCGAUUUCUCCGACCUGCUGGUCGUCUUCUUCAGUCGCGCAUUGCAGCAGCCCCGAUUUCUCGCCCAGCUUUCCGAUUGCCAGCUGCCCAGUCUAUCUCCUCCCGCCGUACAUAUGCCAGCGAGGCUUCCAAAGAAGUUACCGUCAGAGAUGCCUUGAACGAGGCUCUUGCUGAGGAAUUAGAGAGCAACGAGAAGGUAUUCGUUAUGGGAGAGGAGGUUGCGCAAUACAAUGGAGCAUACAAGGUCACUCGAGGUCUUCUUGACCGUUUUGGACCCAAGCGUGUCAUUGACACUCCCAUUACUGAGGCUGGUUUCACCGGUUUGGCCGUUGGUGCUGCUUUGGCUGGUCUCCACCCUGUCUGUGAAUUCAUGACCUUCAACUUCGCCAUGCAAGCUAUCGAUCAGAUCAUCAACUCUGCCGCUAAGACCCAUUACAUGUCCGGAGGUAUCCAGCCCUGCAACAUCACCUUCCGUGGUCCCAACGGUUUCGCUGCCGGUGUCGCUGCCCAGCACUCACAAGACUACUCCGCCUGGUACGGAGCUAUCCCCGGUUUGAAGGUUGUCGCUCCCUGGAGCGCUGAGGACGCCAAGGGUUUGUUGAAGGCCUCUAUCCGUGACCCCAACCCCGUCGUCUUCCUCGAGAAUGAGCUUCUCUACGGCCAGUCUUUCCCCAUGAGCGAGGAGGCCCGCAAGAGCGACUUCGUCCUCCCCAUCGGAAAGGCCAAGAUCGAGCGUUCCGGUAAAGAUUUGACCAUUGUUACAUUGUCCCGAUGCGUCGGUCUCUCCCUCCAGGCCGCUGCUGAUCUCAAGGAGAAAUACGGUGUUGAAGCCGAAGUUAUCAAUCUCCGAUCCGUCAAGCCCCUUGACGUCGAGACCAUCAUCAAGUCCCUCAAGAAGACCGGUCGUUUCAUGGCUGUUGAGUCUGGUUUCCCUAUGUACGGUGUCAGCUCUGAGCUUCUCGCCGUCGCCAUGGAGUACGGAUUCGACUACUUGACUGCCCCUGCCGUGCGUGUCACCGGUGCCGAUGUGCCCACUCCAUAUGCUCAGAAGCUCGAGGAGAUGAGCUUCCCUCAGCCUGAUACCAUUGUCGGCCAGGCUGUCAAGCUUCUCCGACUGUAA